AUGUGGAUCUUCGGCUUAAUUGCAGUGAGCCUCUGGUGGAUACAAGACUUGCUGCUGCUGCCGCGCCCCAUCGCCUUUGUGGGGCUGGCCAUCAAGCUGGUGGCGCUCGCGCUGCCGCUCACCCUGCCGCCGCCUGCGCCCAUCAGGCGCUUCCUGCGCUUCUCAAUGGUGGCGGCCGGGGAGUACUUCCCUGUCAAAAUUGUGUGGGAAGGCGAUGCAGACGACUACAGCAAGGGGCCAUACGUGAUCGGCUACGAGCCGCACUCGGUGCUGCCGCAGGGCAUCUGCAUCUUCUGCCGCUACGCCUCGGACGCGUGCCUGAUCAAGAACACCCGUAUCCUCGUCUCCUCGGCAGGCUUCUGGGCCCCCUUCAUGCGGCACCUGUGGUGGUGGCUGGGCUGCCGCCCCGUGUCGCGCCACUGCUUCCAGGCGCUGCUGCGGAAGGGCAGGCUGGCGCUGGAGGCUGGCGCGCCCCUGGUGCCGGUAUUCGCCUUUGGACAGACCCAGCUCUACGACUACUGCCGCCUCUUCUUCGACUGGCCCCGCAACCUGGUGCCGCGGGCGCAGUGGGGCAGCUUUGUGCGGCGGAUCGGCUAUGUGCCGAUGCUGGUGUGGGGUUGGUGUGGGUCCUUCAUGCCCAGGCAGGUGCCCAUGUGCAUAGUGGUGGGCAGGCCCAUCCCGGUGCCCAGGAUAGAGCACCCCACGCAUGAGCAGACGGACAAGUACCUGCAGCUGUUUAUCGCCGAGAUGGAGCGGCUGUUCAGGGAGCACAAGGAGGCGGCGGGGCACGGCCACGCCACGCUGACCAUCUACUAG